CUGUUGCUAAGAUGAGCAUUUUUGUUGUGCCAGACUGUUGACUCAACUUCAGAAGUACUGCCUAAGAAAAUCCAGUCAGGUAUCGAUUGCUGCAAACAUGAAUUUCAAUGAAGAAUCCCAGAUGAUGGCUAUGGAGGAGAUGUUAGGCGAGGACAAGGCCCACGCGGAGAAGCUGAAGCGGACUCUGAGAGCUCAGCGGCGGUGCAGAGACCAGCCCCUGCUGGAGGCGGUUGGUCCCGCUGUGCUGCUGGCGGAGGAGGCGGAGAAGGACCGAGCCGGGAUGGCGGCGCCUGCAGCCGCUGCCCGGGCACCGCGCAGCUUGCCUCCUGUCCCUUCUACCUCAAGAACAAGCUUUGCAGAAUUUUCCGUUAGGGAGCGGAUGAGAGAAAAAUUAAAAGCCGCAAGGUCUAAAGCAGAAAAUACUUUUGCAAGAAGGUCCAAAUCCAAGACCAAGGCACUUAAAAAGCGUCAAGCAGAGAGAGUCAGAACCAGAUGGGAUAAAGAGUCUGAAGAUGAGUCAAGGCAGAUGCAAGAGGAUGAAUCCCAGAUGUCUUCUAGAGUCAAGUUUCGUGAUUCCGUCAAAAAACUCAAGCAAAAGUCACAUGUCCAGACUGAUUUUCCUUCUGCUGAAGAAGCCUAUAAUUUUUUUACAUUCAAUUUUGAUCUUGAGCCAGAGAAUAUGAAGGAUGAAACUAAGAGCAAAAAGAAGAGUGAAUCAAAUCAGGAGGAAGAGGAAGGGAAAGAACAGGAAUCUAUAGUAAGCCAUCAGCAAGAACAAACAGAGGAUGGAAUGGAUGAAGAGGACUGCCUUGUUAAUGAUAGAGAAGAUUUAUUCAUUAUGGAUCAAAUGGCUUGUGAUUUUCUAGUAGUAAAACCUGCAGACUACAAAAGCUAUUCUGAGCGACUACAGAAGGAAAGAGAAAUUUUGUUCACUCCAAGCAUCCUAACAGUGCCUAUGUCUCAGAAGGUGCCUGAAAACAUGCAGCCGAGGUACCUAGAAGAUGAGGGUCUUUACACAGGAGAAAGGCCCAUAGUGUCACUAUCUAAUCAAAACAUUCUAGAGAACAGAAUGCUGAGACAGGAGCAGGGAAAAAGGUGGUUUGGAGAUGAUGGCAAACUCUUAGCAUUGCCUAGUCCAAUUAAACAAUCUUCUACGAGACCGCCAAUAUUUUCAUUGGAGGAAGGCAUAGAACCAGAACUUGAAACAUUAUAUAGAAAGGCAAUGAAACCUAUGCAUGCCAACCAAUAUAUUGUUGGAUCUGGGGACCCUCAGGGACAGUUUCAACUGGACAUUGAUAUUUCUGGGUUAAUAUUCACCCAUCAUCCCUGUUUUAGCCGUGAACAUGUUUUGGCAGCCAAAUUGGCUCAGUUGUAUGAUCAAUAUCUAGCAAGAAGACAGCAAAACCUUACCAAACUCCUUACAGAUAAGCUGCAUGCUCUGAGGAAUGCUGUACAGAGUAGUUUGGACAACAGUGGAACCAAUGUCCCAAAUUCUGUAGCACAACAGAGCGUAACUGAAUAUAAAUUUGUAAUCAGACAAACCAGAAGACUUCGUGAUGCAGAACAAGAAAAAGACCGAACGUUGCUGAAGACUAUUAUAAAAGUUUGGAAAGAAAUGAAAUCCCUGCGUGACUUUCAGAAGUUUACUAACACACCCAUGAAACUCUAUUUGAGAAAGGAAGAGGUUGACCAGAGAUCAGAUAAAAAAAUCUAUGAAGCAGAAAUUCAGGCUGAAAUAAAUGAACUAUUAGAAGAAUACAUGGAAGAGUAUGAAAAGAAAAUGGAAGAAUACAAAACUGAGCUACAAGAGUGGAAAUCUUGGAAAAAGGCACAGAAGACCAAGAAAAAAAAGAAAAUAAAACAAAGUCAAGACCAAGAGGAAGAAGAAGCAGAGAACUCAGAAUAUGGUGAGGAACCAGUAAAACCCAUCCCUCCUAAGCUGGCUGAUAGCCUGGAGGUAGAGCAACAAGUUAGAGAAAAAGCCAUCAACAUCAGGAGGAAACCUGGAGAACCUGUUUUAAUUCCUGAGUUGAGCCUGACGGAAAGUGUAACUCCUAAUGAUCUGUGCCCCAGGGCAGAAGUUUUAAGACGAGAAGAUGUAAAGAAACGUUCAGUGUUUUUAAAAAUUCUUUUCAACACUAAAGAAGUGUCGAGGACCAUCACCCGGCAAAUAAGCUCAGACUUCAGAGUUCACUUUGGACAAAUUUUCAAUUUGAAAAUAUUCAAUUGGCCAGAGAGUUUGAAACUUCAGAUAUAUGAAACAGUGGGAUUCAGCAGCACUAACUUGUUAGCAGAAAUGUUUAUACCUGUCCCUGAGACUACAGUUCUCACUGGUAGAGCUCGUACAGAAGAAAUAGAGUUUAGCAGCAACCAGCGUGUGAUGUUGGACCAUGAAGGAGUUGGGAGUGGCGUGCCAUUUUCAUUUGAAGCUGAUGGUAGUAAUAAGAUUACUUUAAUGACCUCUGGCAAAGUGUCCAAUAGUGUUUCCUGGGCAAUUGGAGAAAAUGGAGUACCCUUAAUUCCUCUAGUAUCACAGCAGAAAACAGGGAUUCCAAGUGCUUUAAAAAAUAUUGAUGCUGUUGCGUCUAUUGGCACUUCAGGCUUAACCGACAUGAAGAAACUAGCCAAGUGGGCAGCAGAAACAAAGCUGGAUCCAAAUGACCCAAAAAAUGCAGAUCUGAUGCAGUUGAUAAUGGUUGCCACUAGUGGAGAUGCUUGUGUUCCUGGUUUCUUCAGACUGGAGCAAUUGCAGCAAGAGUUUAAUUUUGCUUUAGAUGAGGAACUUAACAGAUCAAAAAGAUUCCAACUCCUACAACUCAGACACAGAGAGGUGGCAGAGUUCCGAAAUUAUAAGCAAGUCCCUUUACUUGAAAGAGAAAUAACUGAAAAACUUUUUGAAAACUAUGAGAAAAGGCUCCAUGAGAGGGAUGUAAUUGACAGCAAAGAUCACCUAGAUGCACACAGAGCUUUAGUUGCCAAGUAUCUCCAGAAGGUUAGAGAAUCAGUGAUAAACCGGUUUCUAACAGCAAAGCACCAUUUCCUUCUUUCUGACUUGGUAAAUGAAGAGGAGGUUCCUAGUCUUGGUAAUUUAGGACUCAGUCUUUUUAAACUGGCAGAGCCAAAGCGACCACUAAAGCCAAGAAGAAAGGAGAGGAAGAAAGUUACAGCACAGAAGCUAUCAGAUGGAGACAUAAAUCUUUUAGUGAACAUUAUUAGAGCUUAUGACAUUCCAGUGAGAAAACCUGUUUUAAGCAAACUUCAACAGCCAUCCAGAUCUUCAAGGUCCUUUAAUGAGAUGUUUGCAGCAUCUCCAUCACCUCAGAGCCCAACCCACAGCAUUGAUUGGACUUUCAACCAGGUUUUAGUUCAUCCUUUUGUAGAAGUUUCUUUUCAGCGAACAGUCUGCAGGACAACAACAGCAGAGGGGCCAAACCCCAACUGGAAUGAGGAACUUGAACUUCCAUUUAGAGCUCCUAAUGGUGACUACAGCACCACAAGUUUGCAAUCAGUGAAGGAUGAAGUGUUCAUUAACAUUUUUGAUGAAGUACUCUAUGAUGUCUUAGAGGAUGAUUGUGAAAGAGGAAGUGGAAUCCACACUCGUAUUGAGAGACAUUGGCUGGGAUCUGUUCGGAUUCCGUUUUCUACCAUAUACUUUCAAACAAGGAUUGAUGGCACAUUUAAGAUAGAUAUUCCUCCAGUACUCCUCGGCUACAGUAAAGAAAAGAACCUAGGAAAUGAGAGAGGUUAUGAUUCUGUCCGAAGUCCGAGCGAGGGGUCCUACAUAACAGUGUUUAUUACUAUUGAACCACAGCUUAUUCCUGGAGAUCCAGUUCGAGAAAAGACUAUGUGCAAACAGAUCUGAUUUCUCUUAUGUAUUUUGUUAUUCAUAAUUACAUACCAUUUUUUGCAAGUGUUAUAAUGUCUCUGGCUUCUUAAUCAUAAUUUGAGCUGUCUUGCUUAGUUGAGAUUGAACACAUAUUUCAGAUGAUUUUGUAUGUUUUCCUCACCUAGAUGAGCGUGACUCAUCAGUUUUCUGGUUAAAAGGUCAUUAAAAAAUAAGUUUAAUUUUCACAUUCCAUAACUGUUUGAACAUACAAGCUUAACAUUUGCUUCCCACAAGCAUUCGUCCUAGUAAACCUUGAUCACACAAGUAUUUGGGGAAAGAGAACACAAAAGGGAUGCAAAGUAAAUUAAUUCAAAACUUGCAUUAUUCACUGUUCACUAGUUAUUAUAUUAUGCCAUUGUCAUCUCCUGUCCUGUAAAUCUCUUGAAGAUAUUUCUAAGUAGGAGGUUUUUUUUCAUUCUUGACCUAGUUCUUUUACUUCCUUCACCAAACUAAAAGGACAUGCUUGUGCAACAGAAAAAUCCUGUGUUCAAAAAACAACCCCUCUCCCAAAAUCUCGUCACUUCUUGUACCCUUAUGCAAUUAAUUCUCAGGGCAUGUCUACACAGGAAAAGCUAUCCAGGCAUGGCCAAACUAGCUUAAAUCCAGCUUGUGGGGGUAACAACGGCAGUAAGACAGCACAGCAUAGGCUUCAGAGUGGGCUAGUGAGCUGACUACAUACCUAAGGUGCAUAAGAGCAUGUACUGCCCACGAUACACUGUCUUCACUGCUACAGUUAUUCACAUUAGCUGGAUUCAGCCUAGCUUGGGUAUGCUUUUUGUGCACAGCUUUUGCUGUGUAGACAUACUCUGAGAUACAGUCAGUCGGGAUUUAUCCAUGUUGCUUCUGCACAAACAGCAGCUUCUCAUAUUUUGCUUUGGACUUAACUGCUCCAGUAGCAGUUUAUUUGAAGAUGAAGAGGAUUUGGGGAGGGGGGAUCAUAUCUAUGUAUUAUACAAAAUUAAAACUAAGCAAAUUUUGAACUCUGGAAAUACAAUUCAUUUUUUACAGCAUUGAUCAUUGCAUAAACGACUAAAGCAAACUUUGCUCUCCUUCUUAUGGAAUUACAGUCUCAUAAGUUCAUAUUGUUUGUUCAGUACUGGUCAUAGUCCAGUCUACUGUGCGAAUUGUGCCAAUGUAAUGCCAUGAAAAACAAAGAAAAGGAAACAGGAUUUGUAAUUUUGUUCUUUCGUGGGUAAAUUCAAUGGGUUAAUUAGCUUAGUGCCAUGGCAAAUUAGCACUAAUAUAUGAAGCUGUAAAGAUUUACACAACAGCCUUGACACAUCAUUAAUAUACCAGGUCACUUCCACAGUUCUAUUCUAUAUACAAUAAUUAACUGCAGAGCGAAAUGUUGUAAGUUUUAUGGAAAACAAAUGACUUUUUUUAUAUAUAUAUAGACCUGUCGCCGAUAUUUUUUUAGAAUGAAACAUAGUUACAAUUCAAAUAAAUUCCUGUCUAAAGGUAUUUCUUCAUAAAUGAAAUUUAGAGUUCAUUGUGAAAUAUCAUAGACUAUAUAAUUAUGAAGUUUGAUAUUUCUGUUAAAAGAAAACUGUGGCCAAAUUUUAUAAUUUUGUGCAGAUA